AAAACCUAGAAGGAAAAGAAAAGAGGAGGAGCCUCUCUCUCCCGUCCUCACGCUCUCCGCUCUCUCUUCCGCAACGAACAACAACAUCAGCGGCGCUUAAUAAAGCUCAACCAUGGUAGCUUUUUGUUCUCAUCAUCAUCUCUCUUGCGAGCGACAACAACAACGAUGGUCUUCGGUUCUCUCUCUUGCGAAAACGAUGACAAUAACAGAAAAAUCUCUCUCUCGGUUUCUCACGGCGGCCAUGGAAUAAGCUCGAAGAAUCUCACAUACUCACGAAUCCAGAUCUAUCUGGAGCAUGUGUGGUGAAUGCUGAAUGGCGAAAGUAGCUACACCAAGUGCCAUGCCUCCGAGUUCUCGUGGAAUUUCAUCGGUACCUCUAAAAGGUGCUUCUAUUGCUAAAAGAAAGACGCCUUCAGAACUUAGGGGAGAGCAGUUGAAGCGGGAUAUUUUUGUGGACUAUACUGAUGAAUCUCCGACCUCGGCUGGUUCCUCGAAAGCUGCUGAGGUGGGUAAUAGAUUUAAAAAACCAGGAUUGUUUAAGGCCCCGAGAUACAAUGACACACAGCUUGAUGAUGUAUUUUCUGCCAAGAAGCCGAGGUUUAUAGGUGCGUCUGGGAAGGAAAAUGUAAAGGUUAACCUUUAUUUUCUACCAAUUGAAGAUGUUGUGAUCUGUUCUAGUCAAAUGGACUGGCUCAGGCUUACUCAAACUCAUCCCAACCUUGCAGUGUGAACCAGUUGGCAGAGUUGCAGAUAUCAUUCAAAUUUCAGCAUUCUUGUGCCGCCAAGUAAAUAUUUGUCACAUUUAAUUUCAAUACCAUAAUAGUUGUACUAUCACUAUCAAAUUUAGUAAAUGGGCCAACAUCAUCUGUUUCAUUUAUUUGCUUCUAAUGACAAACACAAUCAUUGAUUAUUCCGAUUAAAGUAGCACUCCUGAAAUGCCUCGAUGUCUUUUCGCUGCCUCUGUGUGUGGAUAAUUAACUUUUGGCCUAUUGAUAAGCUCAAAGUGUAU